AUGCCUCAAUUGAAAUCCAAAUUCAAUCGGUUGAGAAAGGCACAUCGAGAAUUUUCUCAUCUUUUGGAACAAAUUGGUAUGGGAUGGGAUCCUCAAACAAAUACUGUUACAGCAAGUGAUGAAGUAUGGGACACUUAUCUAAAGAGAUUUCGAAAAAAAGGAUUGCAACAUUAUGAGAUGCUUGGAGAAAUAUUCAAUAAUACAACAGCCACUGGUGGUAUGAGUUAUGCCUCCACUCAACUUCCGCCUUCUUCAGUUGAGGAACGCCAACAAGAGCGUCAUUUUGUUGGCACUGGAGCACAUGUUGAUAUUGAUCUUGAAUUUGAUGGUGAUAAUUAUGGAGAGGAAGAAGAAGUUACUGGUGUACGUUGUCGAGCUACUUCUGCUCCACCAGAUGCACCAAAACCAAAAGAGAAAAAGAACAAAGGGGCUAAUUCUGCCUUCGACCAAGUGAUGGGAGAACUUGCAAAAAGUAUUUCUGCUAAGACUGAGGCAUCAUUAACACGGAGUGAGACUAUGCAUAAGUAUUAUGAAUUGAGAGAAAAAAUAAUUAGUGAGGAAACCAGCAAUGUCACUAAUUCUUACAAUGUGGAAGAUUGUCAAAGCAUUCUUGAUGGUAUUCCAGAUCUGGAUAACAAAAUAUACCUCAAAGCGUUGCAUGAGUUUGUAGCAACCCCAGAAUGGCGCGGAAUAUUCAUGAGAAUGAAUAAGGAGCGUCGACGUGCUUAUCUUGAUUCAUUGUUGGAGUGA